CCGCCAUCUUAGCGCUCCCUCCCCCGGUGCGGCGGGAUUGAAUGAGUCGCUGCCCGCCCGCCCGCCAGCCCAGCGCCAUGUCAGGCACUCCGAGCCGCGGCACCCCCGGUGGGACCCCGCUGUCGCCGACCCGCAUCUCCCGGCUGCAGGAAAAGGAGGAACUGCGGCAGCUCAAUGACCGCCUGGCCGUUUAUAUUGACCGUGUGCGGGCGCUGGAGCUGGAGAACGACCGGCUGCUGCUAAAGAUCUCAGAGAAGGAGGAGGUCACCACUCGAGAGGUGAGCGGAAUCAAGAGUCUCUAUGAGUCUGAACUGGCUGAUGCUCGAAGGGUUCUGGAUGAAACUGCCAAAGAGAGGGCUAGAUUACAAAUUGAAAUAGGAAAACUGAGAGCAGAACUUGAGGAGUUCAAUAAGAGCUACAAGAAGAAGGAUGCAGAUUUGUCUGUGGCUCAGGGUCGCAUCAAGGAUCUGGAAGUUCUCUUCCAUAGAAGUGAAGCAGAACUCAAUACUGUCCUGAAUGAGAAACGCAGUCUGGAGGCAGAGGUGGCUGAUCUGCGUGCCCAGCUUGCUAAGGCUGAAGAUGGUCAUGCUGUGGCAAAGAAGCAAUUGGAGCAGGAGACACUCAUGCGUGUGGACCUGGAAAAUCGGUGCCAGAGUUUACAAGAAGAUCUGGAUUUCAGGAAGAAUGUAUUUGAGGAGGAAAUAAGGGAAACAAGAAAACGACAUGAACAUCGUUUGAUUGAGGUGGACACAAGCCGCCAACAGGAGUAUGAAUCCAAAAUGACUCAGGCUCUGGAGGAUCUGCGAAAUCAACAUGAUGAACAAGUCAAACUGUAUAAGAUGGAGCUGGAGCAGACCUAUCAGGCUAAGCUGGAGAAUGCCAAAUUGUCCUCUGACCAAAAUGACAAAGCUGCUGGUGCAGCUCGAGAGGAGCUGAAGGAGGCUCGCAUGAGGAUAGAAGCUCUCAGCUACCAGCUUUCUGGUCUUCAGAAACAGGCCAGUGCAGCGGAAGAUCGCAUCCGGGAGCUGGAGGAAAUGAUGGCUGGUGAGCGGGAGAAGUUUAGGAAGAUGUUGGAUGCAAAGGAGAGGGAAAUGACAGACAUGAGGGACCAGAUGCAGCUUCAGCUUACAGAGUACCAAGAGCUGCUUGAUGUUAAAUUAGCACUGGACAUGGAGAUCAGUGCUUACCGAAAACUCCUGGAAGGAGAAGAGGAAAGGUUGAAGCUCUCUCCAAGUCCCUCCUCCCGUGUCACAGUCUCUCGAGCUACCUCCAGCAGCAGCAGCAGCAGCACUUCACUUGUUCGCUCUUCCCGAAGCAAGCGAAAACGUAUUGAGGCAGAGGAGCUUUCCGGCAGUGGAACAAGUGGGAUUGGCACAGGAAGCAUCAGUGGCAGCAGCAGUAGCAGUAGCUUUCAAAUGUCCCAGCAAGCUUCAGCUACAGGAAGUAUCAGCAUAGAAGAGAUAGACCUGGAGGGCAAAUAUGUUCAGCUUAAGAACAACUCAGAGAAGGAUCAGUCUUUGGGUAACUGGAGACUGAAAAGACAAAUUGGAGAUGGAGAUGAAAUUGCUUACAAAUUUACUCCUAAGUAUGUCCUCAGAGCUGGGCAGACUGUUACAAUCUGGGGUGCAGAUGCAGGCGUGUCUCACAGCCCCCCCUCUGUUCUGGUGUGGAAGAACCAAGGCAGCUGGGGCACCGGUGGAAAUAUCCGCACAUACCUCGUCAACUCUGAAGGAGAGGAAGUUGCAGUGAGAAGCAUUACUAAAUCAGUAGUCGUGCGAGAUAAUGAAGAGGAAGAAGAUGAAACAGAAUAUGGAGAGGAAGACCUUUUCAACCAACAGGGUGAUCCCAGAACAACCUCUAGAGGAUGCUCAGUGAUGUGAAAAAAGAAGAAAGAAACUAUUAUUUGUGCUUUCCCCCCUUCAUUUAUUUCCUUUUAUUUUUGCUAUUUUUUCCUUCCAGAGCCACUGAAAACUAUUUUUAUAUACAUCACCUGAUUUCUUUGAAGUUUACUCCUUGGUACAUUUUUAUAAAAAAAAAAACCAAAAAAAAAACUUUACUGAACAAAACUGCCAGGAUUUUUAAUAGAUUUCUUUAUUUUUCCCUCUUUGUUGAAACACUAUAUUGGAAUACAAUAUUUUUCCCCACACAGAAUAUAAAGUCUUACAUAGAAACCUAAAGCAGAAAAGAGAAUUUUAGCUAAAAUGAGAUGAGACUCCUUGAGUGUACGGUAAAUCUCUAAUUACAUAUAUAACCAGUAUGACGCCCCCAGAAGAAAAGGUUUAAUGAAGUGUGGUUCAUCUACAGGGCCCUGGGAAAGAUUCACAGGGUGUUUCCUCCACAGCUGUAGAAAUGCUAGUAUUUUGCCUGGUAUCCUCAGCAAUUUCCAGCUUA